CAACUGGAAACGCUUUUAUAUAAUUGUACGGUGUUGUUCUUGAACCCAGUGGCAUAAGAGAAUUAUCAAUUUAUCCAAAUUCUGCACACAAAAAUAUCAAUCACAAACCCCCAAAAAGAAAAAAAAAAAAAGGAGGAAAAUUUCGAGGUGCGUUUGCAUACGAUGAUUAAGUUAGCCCUGCUUCGUUCUUGUUCUUCUUCUCCUUUACUUCUCGAAGCCAAAGAUGUUCAUCGUAAAGCACCAUCUUCAACUGCGAGACUUGUUUACAGUAGUACUAUAAGCUGUUCUUCUUCUUCUUCUUCUUCUUCUUCUCCUUCCAGACCCAACGCUUACAUUCCAAAGCUCCAACCUUUUAGCCGCACCAAACUCGAACGGGCCGUCAAAGAACCCCCUUUGAUCGAAAAAUCAGAGAACGAGCUUGCUGAUUAUUGUUCGACGCUCGAAGGAGACGAUUCUUAUAGCUGUUGGAGAGCAUAUUUUGAGCUGAAAGAUCUCGAGAGAGAAGCACCAAAACAAGAAGUGGAGAAGCUUAUUCUUCAAUCAGGUGGUGUGAAGUCUUUGAUUGGAUGUUUACACGGCAUAGCAGCAAUGCAAAAGGGGAAGAAGAAAGACUUCAGUCUGUCAAAGCCAUUGAAUUCAGAAGGAGGAGAGAGACCGUUUCCUAUACCGGAUGGAUUGCCAAAAUCGUUAACAGAGCUGGAGGAAGAAGAGAGAUGUAGAAUGCCAGACUCCCCCUACACAAGAUUGCUUAGAACCAAAGGAAGGUUACCUGCUUGGUAUUCUCAAGCUCCUGACCAUGAAACAGAUUAAUUGAACUAUGUUUAGUAUUGGGUUGGUCAAUUUGUGAUAUAACUUAGUUGUUUAUAGAUAUAUAUAUAUAUAUAUAUAUAUAUAUAUGAUUGCUAAGAAUAAAUCCUCUGUUUCAUAGGUUUGGAAUUGUCUUGGGUAAUAGCAAUUGCAAAAUGUUGUAUUUAAGGUUGAGGGGUUUUGCUAGCUUAUUUUAAUGAUUUCUUAAAUUGUAAAUUGAACUAGUUUUUAAUAUGCUGGAUUUUUAUUGAAUAUAAGUGCCUGCCUAUAAAUAUUUUUGAAGAUCAA